UUUCAGGGGGAUUAUGUAUGGAUGGACCUCAAAACCGGUCGGGAAUUCGACGUUCCCAUCGGAGCCGUGGUCAAGCUUUGUGACUCUGGGCAGAUCCAGGUGGUGGACGAUGAAGGCAACGAGCAUUGGAUUUUCCCUCACAAUGCCAGCCACAUCAAACCCAUGCACCCGACCUCUAUCCACGGGGUGGAGGACAUGAUCCGCCUGGGGGACCUGAAUGAAGCUGGGAUUCUGCGGAACCUGCUCAUCCGUUACCGAGAGCACCUUAUCUAUACGUAUACAGGUUCGAUAUUGGUGGCAGUGAACCCCUACCAGCUGUUACCUAUCUACUCCCCAGAGCAGAUACGGCUGUACACCAACAAAAAGAUUGGGGAGAUGCCCCCCCACAUCUUCGCAAUAGCUGACAACUGCUACUACAACAUGCAACGCAACAACAGGGACCAGUGUUGCAUCAUAAGUGGCGAGUCUGGUGCAGGGAAGACGGAGAGCACUAAACUGAUCCUGCAGUUCCUGGCUGCUAUCAGCGGGCAGCAUUCCUGGAUUGAGCAGCAGGUGCUGGAGGCAAACCCCAUUUUAGAAGCUUUUGGAAAUGCGAAGACGAUUCGUAAUGACAACUCCAGCCGAUUUGGUAAAUACAUCGACAUCCAUUUCAACAAGAGGGGAGCCAUCGAAGGGGCAAAGAUUGAGCAGUACCUGCUGGAGAAGUCUCGAGUCUGCAGACAGGCCCAGGAUGAGCGGAAUUACCAUGUAUUUUACUGUAUGCUGAAAGGAAUGACACCAGAACAGAAAAAGAAGCUGGGUCUUGGGAAAGCCACUGAUUAUAACUACCUCGCUAUGGGUAACUGCACUACCUGUGAUGGCAGAGACGAUAGUAAGGAGUAUGCAAACAUUCGCUCUGCAAUGAAAGUCCUGAUGUUUACCGACACUGAGAACUGGGAGAUCUCAAAGCUUCUGGCAGCCAUAUUGCAUAUGGGGAAUUUGCGGUAUGAAGCAAGGAUGUAUGAUAACCUGGAUGCCUGCGAGGUUGUUCGCUCUGCGUCGUUAAUCACUGCGGCUUCGUUACUGGAGGUGGACCCUCAGGAUGUGAUGAACUGCCUUACUAGCCGCACAAUAAUCACGAGAGGAGAGACCGUCUCCACCCCGCUCAGCAUGGAGCAGGCGCUGGAUGUGAGGGACGCUUUUGUCAAGGGAAUCUACGGGCGGCUUUUCGUGUGGAUUGUGGAGAAGAUCAAUGCUGCCAUUUACAGGCCUCCCUCCCACGAACUACAGAGUGUCAGGAGGUCCAUUGGUCUUCUCGAUAUCUUCGGCUUUGAGAACUUCACUGUGAACAGUUUCGAGCAGCUCUGCAUCAACUUUGCAAAUGAGAACCUGCAGCAGUUCUUCGUGCGCCAUGUCUUCAAGCUGGAGCAGGAGGAGUACAACCUGGAGAACAUUAACUGGCAGCACAUCGAGUUCACCGACAACCAGGAUGCCUUGGACAUGAUCGCCAUCAAACCCAUGAACAUCAUAUCACUCAUUGACGAGGAGAGUAAGUUCCCCAAGGGUACAGAUACCACAAUGCUGCACAAGCUGAAUUCCCAGCACAAGCUAAACACCAACUACAUCCCGCCGAAGAAUAACCAUGAAACCCAGUUUGGCAUUAACCACUUUGCUGGUGUUGUCUACUAUGAAACCAAAGGGUUUUUGGAGAAAAACAGGGACACGCUUCAUGGAGACAUCAUUCAGCUGGUCCAUUCCUCGAAAAACAAAUUUAUCAAGCAAAUCUUCCAAGCGGACGUGGCUAUGGGAGCAGAGACAAGGAAGCGCUCACCGACACUCAGCAGCCAGUUCAAGCGAUCUCUUGAGCUGUUGAUGAGAACCCUCAGCGGGUGCCAGCCCUUCUUCGUCCGCUGCAUCAAACCUAAUGAAUAUAAGAAGCCCAUGUUGUUUGAUCGGGAGCUGUGUGUUCGCCAGCUGAGGUACUCAGGGAUGAUGGAGACCAUCCGGAUCCGCAGGGCCGGCUAUCCCAUCCGCUACAGCUUCGUGGAGUUUGUGGACAGGUAUCGUGUCCUCAUGCCCGGGGUGAAGCCGGCGUACAAGCAGGGCGACCUGCGUGGAACGUGCCAGCGAAUUGCUGAAGCGGUGCUGGGGAAAGAUGAUGAUUGGCAGAUUGGCAAGACGAAGAUUUUCCUGAAGGAUCACCAUGAUAUGCUGCUGGAGAUUGAGAGGGACAAGGCCAUCACAGACAAGGUCAUCCUCAUCCAGAAGGUGGUUCGUGGGUUUAAAGACAGGUCCAAUUUCCUGAAAGUGCGACAUUCGGCCCUGAUGAUUCAGAGAUACUGGCGGGGACAUAACUGCAGAAAGAACUAUGGUGCUAUGAGGAUUGGGUUCCUGAGGCUCCAGGCCCUCUACCGUUCCCGCAAACUCCACACGCAGUACCACAUGGCUCGCAGACGGAUCAUCGAGUUCCAGGCAAGGUGCCGGGGCUGCCUGGUGCGCAGGGCCUUCCGCCAUCGCCUUUGGGCUGUCUUCACGGUCCAGGCUUAUGCCAGGGGCAUGAUUGCGCGGAGGCUGUAUAAACGCCUUAAGGGAGAAUAUCACCGCCGCCUGGAAGCAGAGAAGCUUCGUCUGGCAGAAGAGGAACGGCUCCGGAAGGAGAUGAGUGCCAAGAAAGCUAAAGAGGAAGCAGAAAAGAAGCACCAAGUACGCCUUGCCCAGCUGGCCCGGGAAGAUGCUGAGAGAGAGGUGAAGGAGAAGGAGGAAGCCCGUCGGAAGAAGGAACUCUUGGACAAAAUGGAGAAGGCCCGAAACGAGCCAGUGAACGACUCAGAUAUGGUGGACAAAAUGUUUGGAUUCCUAGGGACCACUUCGUCUCUGCCAGGCCAGGAAGGACAGGCACCCAAUGGCUUUGAGGACCUUGAGCGAGCCCCAAAGGAGCUAGAGGAAGAGGAUUUAGACGCAGCUUUGCCCCUCCCCGAGGAAGAGGAGGAAGACCUUUCGGAGUACAAAUUUGCAAAGUUUGCAGCCACCUACUUCCAGGGCACGACGACACACACGUACAUCCGCCGGCCACUUAAGCAGCCCCUUCUGUACCACGAGGAUGAAGGAGACCAGUUGGCAGCACUCGCGGUGUGGAUCACUAUCCUUCGUUUCAUGGGAGACCUUCCUGAGCCUAAAUACCAUACGGCUAUGAGCGACGGCAGCGAGAAAAUUCCAGUGAUGACCAAAAUCUAUGAGACUCUAGGGAAAAAGACCUACAAAAAAGAGCUGCAGGCUCUGCAAGGGGAAGGAGAGAGCGCUCACAUAGAUGGCCACAAGAAGAACAGUGUGCGGCACAAACUGGUCUCCUUGACUCUAAAGAAGAAAUCCAAACUGACUGAAGAGGUGACAAAGAGACUCCAUGAUGGUGAGUCCACCCUCCAAGGCAACAGCAUGCUUGAAGACCGACCCACCUCCAACUUGGAAAAGCUGCAUUUCAUUAUUGGUAAUGGCAUCCUGAGACCAGCAUUAAGGGAUGAAAUCUAUUGUCAAAUCUGCAAACAGCUCACCCAGAACCCUUCCAAAAGCAGCCACGCCAGAGGCUGGAUCCUGAUGUCGUUGUGCGUGGGAUGCUUUGCUCCUUCCGAAAAGUUUGUGAAGUAUUUAAGGAACUUCAUCAAUGGAGGUCCUCCUGGUUACGCUCCCUAUUGUGAAGAGAGAUUGAGGAGGACAUUUGCAAAUGGGACUAGGACCCAGCCGCCCAGCUGGUUAGAAUUACAGGCGACCAAGUCCAAGAAACCUAUCAUGCUGCCUGUUACGUUUAUGGAUGGGACAACGAAGACGCUGCUAACUGACUCUGCAACGACCGCUAAAGAGCUCUGUAAUUCCUUAGCUGACAAGAUCAGCCUGAAGGACCGAUUUGGGUUUUCGCUUUACAUCGCACUGUUUGACAAGGUCUCAUCCUUGGGAAGCGGCAACGACCACGUGAUGGACGCUGUAUCUCAGUGCGAACAGUACGCCAAAGAGCAGGGAGCCCAGGAGCGCAACGCACCGUGGCGGCUCUUCUUCAGGAAGGAGAUCUUCACCCCGUGGCACAAUCCAAGCGAAGACAACGUGGCAACAAACCUCAUUUACCAGCAGAUAGUCCGGGGGGUGAAGUUUGGGGAGUACCGAUGUGACAAGGAAGAAGACUUGGCAGAACUGGCUUCCCAGCAGUACUACGUAGACUAUGGGGCGGCGAUGGUGCUGGAGCGACUCCUGAACUUAAUCCCCUCCUACAUCCCUGACAGAGAGAUCACUGCUUCAAAAACGGUGGAGAAAUGGGCUCAGCUCAUUAUAGCUGCACAUAAAAAGGGAAUUUAUACCCAGAAGAGAGCAGACCCCAAAAAAGUCAAGGAAGAAGUGGUGGAUUUUGCACGUUUCAAGUGGCCUUUGCUGUUUUCUAGAUUCUAUGAAGCCUUCAAAUUCUCAGGACCCAGCCUGCCCAAGAACGAUGUGAUUGUAGCUGUGAAUUGGACCGGAGUGUACUUUGUGGAUGAACAAGAACAAGUCCUCUUAGAACUCUCCUUCCCAGAGAUCACGGCUGUCUCAAGCAGUAGAGGGGGAAAGCUCCAAGGGCAGAGUUUCACCUUGGCCACCAUUAAAGGGGACGAGUACACCUUCACCUCCAACAAUGCAGAGGACAUCCGGGACCUUGUUGUCACCUUCCUAGAAGGACUAAGGAAAAGAUCAAAGUAUGUUGUCACUCUCCAAGACAACCCAAACCCUGUGGGAGAAGAAUCUGGAUUCCUCAGCUUCCAUAAAGGAGACCUGAUUGUUAUGGACCAGGACACUGGAGAGCAUGUCAUGAACUCGGGCUGGGCCAAUGGGGUCAAUGAGAGGACCAAACAGAGAGGAGAUUUCCCAACGGACUGUGUUUAUGUCUUGCCGACUGUCACCAUGCCGUCUCUGGAGAUUGUGGCGUUAGUCACAAUGACCCCUGACCAGAGGCAAGAUGUUAUUAGAACAUCCCAGCUGGCGAUUUCGGACAGUGAAGAAAGAGUGAAGCCGUACACCUUGGAAGAGUUCUCCUAUGAUUAUUUUAGGCCGCCUCCGAAGCACACUCUGAGCCGGGUCAUGAUCACCAAAAAUCGAGGGAAAGACAAACUGUGGUGCUACACCCGAGAGCCCAUCAAGCAGCCCUUGCUGAAGAAGAUCCUGGGCAGUGAAGAGCUGUCCCAGGAAGCCUGCAUGGCAUUCAUUGCUGUGCUGAAGUAUAUGGGUGACUAUCCAUCCAAAAGAACCCGCUCAGUCAACGAGCUAACAGACCAAAUAUUUGAAGGUGCCUUGAAAGCUGAACCGUUGAAAGAUGAAAUCUGCUGUCAGAUCCUCAAGCAGCUCACUGACAACCACAUUAAGUACAGCGAAGAGAAGGGUUGGGAGCUGCUUUGGUUGUGCACAGGCCUUUUCCCUCCCAGCACUGUUCUCCUGCCCCAUGUCCAGAGGUUUCUCCAGUCCCGGAAGCAUCACCCCCUAGCCACAGACUGCAUACAGAGAGUACAGAAAGCUCUGAGGAAUGGAUCCAGGAAGUAUCCUCCCCAUCUGGUUGAAGUGGAGGCAAUUCAACACAAAACCACACAAAUUUUCCACAAAGUUUACUUCCCCGAUGACACUGAUGAGGCGUUUGAAGUGGAGUCCAGCACUAAAGCCAAGGAUUUCUGCCAGAACAUCUCCAGCAGACUGCUGCUGAAGUCAUCAGAGGGCUUCAGCCUCUUCGUCAAAAUCUCCGACAAGGUUAUCAGCGUCCCAGAAGGAGAUUUCUUCUUUGACUUUGUCAGACAUCUUACAGACUGGAUAAAGAAAGCAAGACCUGCAAAAGACGGUAUAGUGCCUUCUCUCACAUAUCAAGUGUUCUUCAUGAAAAAACUGUGGACAAACACCAUGCCUGGGAAGGAUUCAAUGGCAGACUCCAUCUUCCACUAUUAUCAGGAAUUACCAAAGUACCUGCGUGGCUACCACAAGUGUACCCGGGAAGAGAUCUUACAGCUGGCAGCUCUGAUCUACAGGGUGAAGUUUGAGGAUGACAAGUCCUACUUCCCCAGCAUCCCCAAGCUCCUGAAGGAGCUGGUGCCUCAGGAUCUUCUCCGGCAGCUCUCUCCGGACGACUGGAAAAGGUCCAUUGUGGCGUAUUUCAAUAAGCAUGCAGGCAAAACAAGAGAAGAAGCCAAGCUUGCCUUCCUAAAGAUUGUCUUCAAGUGGCCUACGUUUGGAUCAGCCUUCUUUGAAGUGAAGCAAACUACCGAGCCAAAUUACCCGGAGAUCCUUUUAAUUGCCAUCAACAAGCAUGGAGUCAGCCUCAUAGAUCCCAAAACCAAGGAUAUUCUCACGACUCAUCCCUUCACCAAGAUCUCCAACUGGAGCAGCGGCAACACGUACUUUCACAUAACCAUUGGCAACCUGGUGCGGGGAAGCAAACUGCUCUGUGAAACGUCGCUGGGCUACAAGAUGGAUGACCUCUUGACCUCGUACAUCAGUCAGAUGUUAACAGCCAUGAGCAAACAGAGGAGCGCAAAGGGCAGCAGCAAGUGA